AUGGCGUACGAAGGGUAUAAAGAAUUGUGUCGGCUAAGCUCCUUCAUACGCCAAGGCCGCUUCGCUGUUGUCGAGAUUGGACCCGUGCAUACCCAGUAUCAUAUCCACGCUGCGUUGCUCAGCAAGCACUCCAAAUUCUUCAAAAAAGCCCUAAACGGGCCAUGGAAAGAAGCAAAAGAGCGCGUAGUGAAGCUAGAGGAUGUAGAAUGCGCCACAUUUGAUGUGUUUACAGACUGGCUCUACACACAGAGACUACCGGAAUUUUAUACCUUUAACAAUCUGCGGAUAUCGGAAAAGGACUGUGUUCAUGCAGGACAGGCCAAGAUCAUCAAGGCUUUGAUCUUGGCUGAGCGCAUCCUUGCACCCAAGUUUCGACAAACUAUAAUGGAAUCCCUAGCAUCCGACAUGAUCUGCCAUGGGACACCAGCUUCCUAUACCGCCAUCACGACAGCCUUUGAACAACUCCCCAAGGAAAAUCAUGUUCUACGUCUACUCAUCCACGUACAAUGCGCGUUCUAUAGACCGAGAGAGUACGACAAUGGCGUAGCUGAUCUGCAGAACAUUAGACUCCCAAACGAAUUCCUUGUCGGAGUCAUAAUGAGGUAUGCAGAGAUUCUGGCAAGUCCUCAGGAAAGCAUUGAUUUAAACCCGCUCGACUAUUGUUACGACGAUGACGAAGAUGACGAAGACGACGAAGACGGCGAAGACGGCGAAGACGACGAAGACGACGAGGCAAUGUGA